AUGUUCUACUUUGUUGUUACAGAGAGGUUCAGGAAGACCCUGCCCAACAAAAUCACCAACAAACGAACAGAAGAUGGAGAUAUUAUCUAUCAGUCUGACCGUUGUAUCAUCAGAAGAACAUCGGCUAGAUUAAAUAUCAGCUCACCGAAGAACAACGCUAGUUCAAGGUCUCAAUCAAUUACACCAAAACAAGAAGACCCAAGUCUAUGCUUUAACAGUAAGCGCUGUGCCAUUAGAAGAGCGACAUCAAAUAAAAGUAGUGCCCUGAAUGAGACUAGUUCAAGCAACAGAGCAUCCAGAACUCUGGUGAUAGAAGUAUCGUCAAUUUAUAACAACCCAGGUAAAGGCGACGGUUCAUCAGGGAUAUCCACUAGAAGGUCAAAAUCGACCAGCACUUCAGUCAGCCAGAAUGAAGACUUCAACAGAACCCCGCACGAAGAGCACAGCUCGAAAGAUCUUGUUAGCAGUAUCGAUAGUGGGAUGAGUCUACACAAUUCUGCAGAAAGUCUACCAACUACUGAUGCAGAAUGCACAAAACCGCCGACAGCUUCUCCAAAAUCAAGCUCGCCCGGAAGUAUCCAGGCGUCUCUGAGCGAAGCUGUACGAAAAUUGAAACUGCUUUCAAAUCAGACUGUUUCGAAGACGACAAACGAAUUGAGACGCGUCUGGACCGUUUGA